UACAUUAAUUAUUUUAUUAACCUCGCUGACCACUGAUUAUGCAACUGCAGCUUACGUACUUAAGGACUACAGACAACCGCUCGAUCAUUACAGAUUGUAUGGACCAACUGGAGUAAGGUGCAAAUUAACAAAAUGUCCAGCUUUGGUGUCCUGCUGCUUCUGGUUGUAUACAGUGCCAGCACGAACGCCCACCUCUUUCAACACAUCCCUGGAGGUCUCAAGCACGUAACUGGAUCUGCCAAUUACUUGUGGGGUGUCAACAAUCAGGACCAAAUCUUUCGAUGCAACAGACCUUGCUCCGGUAAUUGGAUUCAAGUACCAGGAGGGCUGAUGCAAGUCGAUGCCAAUGACGAUGAGGUCUGGGGUGUUGCCUCAGACUAUACAAUUUGGAAACGACCCAUUGACGGGAGCGGCAGCUGGCAAAAUUUUCUGGGCCGUCUCAAGCAUGUGUCUGCUUCUGGCUAUGGUUACAUCUGGGGUGUGGAUAGCCUCGACAAAAUCUGGAAAUGUAAGAAGCCUUGCAGUGGAGCUUGGAGUAUAGUCGACGGCAGUCUAAAGCCAAUUGAUGGUGGCUAUAAGUAUGUUUAUGGAGUUAGCCACACAAAUGAAAUCUGGGUAAGGCCAGUCGACGGUAGUGGAAGUUGGAGAAAAAUUCCUGGCAGUCUGAGCUAUAUCACAGCUUCUGGGUAUGAUGAGGUUUUCGGAGUAAAUUCUGCUGACAAAGUCUAUCGUUGCAAGAAGCCGUGUGUGGGAGAGUUGGAGCUGAUCGACGAGAGGAUGAAACAGUGUGAUGCCACAAACAACGGUCUGUUUGGAGUCAACGACCACAACAACGUAUUCAGAUAUAAUCUUCCAUGAGAAAAAGAUAAGGACAAUGGACAGAUAAAUAAUUACACGUAAUAUAGAAGUACCGUAUUACUAUAAUAUUUUGCUGGUGAAA